AUGGAGGCCCUCAAUGAGUCUGCCCAGUUCAACUUCUCCCUGCCGCACAACUUCGGCAAGCGGCCCACCGACUGGGCGCUGAGCGUCAUCCUGGUGAUCAUGCUGUUAACCAUCAUGCUCUCACUGGGCUGCACCAUGGAGUUCAGCAAGAUCAAGGUGCACUUCUGGAAGCCUAAGGGGCUGGCCAUCGCCCUGGUGGCGCAGUACGGCGUCAUGCCCCUCACUGCCUUUGCACUGGGCAAGGUCUUCCAGCUGAACAACGUCGAGGCACUGGCCAUCCUGAUCUGCGGCUGCUCGCCGGGGGGGAACCUCUCCAACGUCUUCACUCUGGCCAUGAAAGGGGACAUGAACCUCAGCAUCGUGAUGACCACCUGCUCUACCUUCUUUGCCCUGGGCAUGAUGCCCCUCCUCCUGUACGUUUACUCCAGGGGCAUCUAUGAUGGGACCCUGAAGGACAAGGUGCCCUAUGGCGGCAUCAUCAUAUCACUGAUCCUGAUUCUCAUUCCUUGCACCAUAGGCAUCAUCCUCAAAUCCAAACGGCCACAAUACGUACGUUAUGUCACCAAGGGAGGGAUGAUCCUCCUGCUUUUGUGCAGUGUGGCUGUCGUAGUGCUCUCUGUCCUCAAUGUGGGCAAGAGCAUUUUGUUUGUCAUGACACCACACUUGCUGGCCACCUCCUCCCUGAUGCCUUUCAUUGGCUUCCUGCUAGGCUACGUUCUCUCUGCUCUGUUCCGCCUCAACAGACGGUGCAGACGCACCGUCAGCAUGGAGACUGGAUGCCAAAAUAUUCAACUCUGCUCCACCAUCCUCAACGUGACCUUCCCCCCUGAAGUCAUUGGACCACUUUUCUUCUUUCCUCUCCUCUAUAUGAUUUUCCAGCUUGGAGAAGGGCUUCUCCUCAUUGCCAUCUUUCGGUGCUAUGAGAAAAUCAAGCCUUCCAAGCAUAAAACAGAAAUGAUCUACAAAGCUGACACAACUGAAGAAACCAUUCCAACAGCUCUGGGAAAUGGCACCCACGAAGGGGAGGCGUGCCCCCCUUACACAGCCUAG